UUCUCCUGCUCAAAUUGGGAAAUCUUCUCUUUUUUUCUUUUUUUAAGCUGAAAAGGUCAUUCAUUUAUAAAGAAUUGAAUCCUCAAAGGCUAAACUACUAUGUCUGGCAUCUAUAAUUCUGCCAGAGCUGCUUCUCCUCAGAUCAGAACCACCCCAGAUACUGACAGUCAGUACUUAUCAGAACUGUUGGCUGAGAAUCAAAAGCUUGGACCUUUCAUGCAAGUCCUUCCAAUAUGUAGCCGCCUGCUAAAUCAAGAGAUAUUUCGGGUCUCAGGAAUGAUGUCCAACCAGGGAUUUGGCGACUUUGACCGAAUGAGGUAUAGAAGCCCUAGUCCCAUGGCUUCUUCGAACCUUAUGUCAAAUGUUUCUGGGACAGGAUUAGGCGGCUGGAAUAGUCUUUCCCAAGAGAGAUUGAGCGAACCACCGGGGAUGUCAAUGGACUGGCAAGGUGCCCCAGCAAGUCCUAGUUCAUACACUGUGAAGAGGAUUUUGCGUCUUGAAAUUCCUGUUGAUACAUAUCCAAACUUCAAUUUUGUUGGACGACUUCUAGGCCCCAGAGGAAAUUCAUUAAAGCGGGUGGAAGCUACUACUAGCUGCCGAGUCUACAUCAGAGGCAAAGGAUCAAUAAAGGAUCCAGACAAGGAAGAGAAGCUGAGAGGUAGACCAGGAUAUGAGCACCUGAACGAUCCACUCCACAUUUUAAUCGAGGCUGAUUUGCCUCCUAAUAUUGUUGAUACAAGGCUUAGACAGGCACAGGAAAUCAUUAAGGAGUUGCUUAAACCCGUGGACGAGUCGCAAGAUUUUAUCAAGAGACAGCAGCUGCGCGAGCUGGCAAUGCUAAACUCGAAUUUCAGAGAAGAUAGUCCUGGUCCAAGUGGCAGUGUUUCUCCUUUUAAUUCAAGUGGAAUGAAACGUCCAAAAACCGGACGCUGAGAAUCAAACCUGAAAAUCAUUUGGGAUUGUUUCUACCGUGCUCCAGGAUUUCAUAAGCCAACUAUAUCUUCUGAUACAUAUCGGUUCCGUGUACCUUGGAAAGACUAGACUAACAGUUGCAGCUGCCACCGGUGAUGGGAUUUUCAUCGUUCAACUGUUUUGCUGAUUGAUAAAAAAAAGAAAAAAAGAAAAUUGGGUCUUGGAGUCUAGAUUUGGUGAGGUCAGUACUCAGUUUUGCUGUAAAAUCUGAAUACAUUCAUUGGAUUUAUUCAUGUGUUUAGUAGGUUGAGUGUGAAAUAUACAUAUAUAUAUAUAUAUAUAUAUAUAAUAUUGAUGGUGAGGUGGGGUUCAUCUGAGUUUUA